AUGUCAGGGGAAGAGGACUUUUACCUUUAUAAGAAUAUUUCAUCAGUCGGGCCCUGGGAUGGACCACAGUACCACCUUGCUCCUAAGUGGGCUUUUUUCCUACAGGCUGCUUUUAUGGGGGUUGUGCUGUUUGUAGGCACACCUCUAAAUGCAAUUGUCUUGUUUGUUACAGUCAAAUACAAGAAACUGAGGCAGCCACUUAACUAUGUUUUGGUGAACAUAUCACUUGCAGGCUUCUAUUUCUGCACAUUUGGAGUGUUUACAGUGUUUGUUGCCAGCUGUCAAGGGUACUUCAUCUUUGGAAAGACUGUCUGUGCACUGGAAGGCUUUGCAGGUUCAGUUGCAGGUCUUGUAACAGGAUGGUCUCUUGCUAUGCUGGCUUUAGAACGAUACCUUGUAAUCUGCAAGCCAAUUGGCAACUUCCGUUUUGGCUCAAAACAUUCAAUGAUAGCAGUGGCUGCAGCUUGGGUAAUUGGAAUAGGGGUUUCAAUCCCUCCUUUCUUUGGAUGGAGCAGGUACAUUCCUGAAGGGUUACAGUGCUCGUGUGGGCCUGAUUGGUACACUGUUGGGACCAAAUACAAGAGUGAAUACUAUACUUGGUUCCUUUUCAUUUUCUGUUUCAUCAUACCUCUCUUCAUCAUAUGCUUCUCAUACUCUCAGCUUCUUGGAGCUCUUAGAGCGGUAGCUGCCCAGCAGCAGGAGUCUGCCACUACCCAGAAAGCAGAGCGAGAAGUCUCCAGAAUGGUUAUUGUAAUGGUGGGCUCUUUCUGUGUCUGCUAUGUACCGUAUGCAGCCUUGGCAAUGUAUAUGGUCAACAAUCGGAGCCACGGGAUUGAUCUCCGCUUAGUCACCAUUCCGGCAUUCUUCUCCAAGAGCUCCUUUGUCUACAACCCCAUCAUCUACUGCUUCAUGAAUAAGCAGUUCCGUAGCUGCAUCAUGCAAACUGUGUUUGGAAAGCCAAUGGAUGAGUCAGAAAUUUCCAGUUCAUCUACCAAGACUGAAGUAUCAUCUGUUUCCUCCAGCCAAGUUACUCCAAGCUAAGAAAGUCCAUCAGGAAGCCAAGCAGUCACCUAUUAACUUUUUGAAAGGUUACAAGACACCUAGCAGAAAACAAUUCAUCAAGUCCCUGGACAUUGACUUCCCCCUGGCCCUUUAUAUCUAAGCACUAAUGUGUGUCACUCUGAUGUGAUAGGUAAGGAAGUAUUCCCUAGCAGUACUCAAAGAUUCCCCUGAGUGUACGACAUAUGAUGAGAUAGGAAAGUCAUUCUGUGUUUUGAAUUCAAACUAUGGUUUUAUUUUUAGUAAACUAAAAUAAGGGAGAUCUGCAAUUCUGCUACUACUAAGAAAAUGAGGAUGUGUUUGUGAACAUGUGUACUUGGAACUGCUAUCUGAAUAGGGAUGUGCCUUCAUUAUACCAUACAAUGUAAUUGUUUCUAUGUAUAAGGAAAUGUCACAGACUUUUCUUUGAAAAUAUUUCAAAAUGCAAUAUGGAAAGCCUAUUUCUUCAAAACUGUCAAAUUACAUGAAUCAUGCAAGCAGAAAAAGCUAUGUGGAUUCAUGCUUGCACAUUAAAGUGCAAUUCAAACAAGCACUCAUUUUUAAUAUCUUCAAAUGGUUUACUCGAUAUGUGGGUGGGUGAGUUUAACUUAGUUUCUACCUCCUGUACUUGAUUUCUUUGAUGUUUCUUUCCCAUGCAUUCAAAUGCAUCUUCUGUGAUGAAAAUACAGAAUGAAACUGAUAAAAUUUAUUGCUGAUGGAACUGUAAACUAUAAAGUUUGAUCACUUACAAUGUAUACUAUAAUUACUGUAUGUGUUCGUCAUCUCCAUUGUAGUGUUACAUUAACUCAGGUCAUGCAUAUAACUGAAGAAAAGAUUAUGAACUGCUGAAGAAAAAUAGUAACACAUGAGCAAAGUGUAAUUUGUGAUUAAUAAAAAGUGUCUU